ACGUUUACAAGGGACAAGGAGCCUUGUGAUUGGUUUUAUUUUCCCCGCGAAAAGCUGCAAAAAUGAAAAAGCCAAUAAGAAGAGUUCUUUCAAAUCGCUUUCUUUCCACUUCGUCCGUUUGGAGGAGAGAAGCUAUGAGUACCUGUUCUCCCGCCUUUCGACUUGUGGCUUGUUUACUGAACAUCUCCGAAGCACGAAAUAAAGGAAUAGUAGAAUCAGUUGCUAAUGCAGCACUAAAUUUCCCCUCCAAAUCAAAUAGCUUCAAGUGUUCUUCAACAGUUCUGAACAUUUUCUCUGACCGCGAUUACAAUAGAUCAGUUAUAACCAUCGCAGCUCCGGUGGAAAACAUAGAAGAGAGCGUGUUGCGUGCUUGCCAGGUGGCUUACAAAGAGAUAGACUUGGAAAAACAUGAAGGAGGUCAUCCCAGGCUUGGAUCUGUAGACCUUGUCCCUAUCCAUACAAUUUCUCCUGAAGUGUCUCUUGCAGAAUGUGGUCAGAUAGCCCUUAAACUUGGGACACGCAUUGCUAACAGUAUAAAAGGGACCUCUGUAUUUUUAUUUGGCCAUGCAGACCAGCCUUUAGUCAGGGGGCUGGUUGAGAGGCGAAAAGCUGUUAACUGGUAUCAGGGGGUACAUGGUAUGGAUUUCAGUAGGGUAGGUUGGGAUCUUGGCUCCCCUCCCUCCCAGAGGUAUGGCUGUACUGGAAUUGGUGCCAUUCCAUAUGUCACCAAUUGCAAUGUCAGUAUAGACUGUCAAGACUUGCAGCUUGGAAAAGACAUUGCCAAGGCAAUCCGUGCAACAACUCCUGGUGGCUUGGCUGGUGUGCAAUCUAUGGCAUUCAAACAUGAAGGAAGGGUUGAAAUUGCCUGUAAUGUUGAAGCUUCAAAGGAAGUUUCAAGUGAAGGGCUUUUUCAAUACACAAGUCCUGAAGAAAUUGAAAAUAGAGUGAGAGAAAUGGCUGCAAAGAAAAAUGUCAAGUUAUAUGGGACAAAGCUUGUGGGAUUUACCCCAGAGGAAGCCUACCGAAGAGCUGUGAAUGCUCUUAGUCAAGAAAAUGCCACUGCUUGGAAAUGCUCUGCUGAAUACAGAAUUUUUAGCCAACAGUCAAGGCAUCUUAUUAGGAAGGGUGAGCAUUACAAGCUUGCCACUGUUUAUCCGGCCAGCCUUUGUAAUUUAGAGUACAUUAGAAUUGAUGGUGGCUGGGGAAGGUACUCUCCCUCGCAGCCGUUUUCUUUGGAUGUCACGCAACGCUCCCCCAAAAGAACGUAAGAGUAAGAGUUCUUUUGGG